AACCACUGACGUGGUGGUAAUGUCAGAUCUGUCAAAUUUUGACAUUUAUCAUAAUAAAGUUAAUUAAAAUUGUUUAAUUAGUAAAAACACGUAGAUCUUUAAUCAAGUUUAAGAAAUAAAACAUCGAGAAAAUUUUUUAUAAUAAAUAUAUAUUAAUAAUACUGGCGAAUCAUAUCAUUACACGCACUACGCAUUUAAUUUUAAUAACACAUAUCAAGUACUUUAAUGUAAUGUUUACUUAUCAGCUGAUUUCCUCAAAUAUUAAAAACUCUAUUUUAAUCGGUUAUCAAAAAUCACAGAGUGUGUAUUUUCAAUAUUAUAUUACAAUUUAAAAUUUUUUAACAAAACAAAAGAAAAAUGGACGACAACGAUAAGUCUCAAAAGAAUGAGAUGACCGAAUCAAUUUCAAACAUGAGUGAAUCAACAAUUAACAAGGAUACAAUUGAAGAACGUUACAAUAAGCUUCGAGGACUUGCUGUAAAAUUAAAAAAGAAAGUAUCAGAUUUAUCUGAUCAAAUAAAACAUUUAGAAUCAGAAAAAACAAUUCUUCACACCGAAAAAGAUGAGAUGCAACAAAAAAUAAUUCAAAUAUCCAAUAACGCGAAAAAAAUACAGACUAUUCAACUUGAAUAUGAUAAAUUACAAGAUAAAUUUGAGCAACAAAAAUCAGAAAAUAAGAAAUUAAUGAAAAAUAUCGAAACUCUUGUUGAUGAGAAUGCAUCUCUUAAAGAAUCUCUUUAUAAUGAAAAAGAUUCUACUUCACAAUUAACAUUGAAAUUAGAACACAUAUCUAAAGAUAAAAGUAAAUUUGAAAAUACAAUUAAACAUUUACAAGAACAACUUAAAUCAUUGAGCGAGGAAUUGAGUGCCGAUAAUGUGAUAAGGGAGCAAAAAGUCAAAGAAUAUGAUGCAUUGAAAAUUAAUUUCGAUUCUGAAAUUAAUGCACAUAAAACUACACGUUCUCAAUUGGAUGCCUUUAAACAAAAUCAUACAAAUAACAGUGUUCUUUCAUUGGAAGUUGAAAAUUAUGAGAAAAGUAUUGAUGACAUGAAGUUAAAACUCAAGGAUGAGGAAACAAAACGAAAAUCUCUAGAACAGACAAUAAAUGAACAUUUGGAGACAAUAGGUUUAUUAAAUAAGCAAAUGAAUGAAAUGCGAAGUAGUUGUUUGAAAAAAACAAAUCAAGUCACAAAUCUCGAGGAUAGAAAUGAAAAUAUAAAAGCAGAAGUAAAUGAAAUGAGACUCGAAAAUGAAAGAAUGCAACGUGAAAUUCAAGAUUUUCUAUUGCAAUUGAAAGAUACUCAAAAUGAGAAAUCGAAUUUAUUGAAAAAAAUUGCAUCCCUAGAAUCCAUUAGAGAUAGUUUGACGAAUGAAUUUAAGAGUAAAAAAGAUGUUCUAGAAAAUCAGUUGAGAGAUAUAACCGCUGAAUUAUCGCAUUUAAACUCAGCUUUGGCGAAUUCAAAAAAGGAAACGGAAGUUUUGCAAGAAGAAUUUAAUGGUUAUAAGAGAAGAGCGCAAAGUGUACUUAGAACGAAACAAAAUCAAAGUAAAGAAAAUGGAAUGAGCGGAAAAAGUAUUGCUGAAAUGGAAGAAGAAUUAUUACAAUCACAACAGCAAAAUAAACAUCUACAAGAAAAACUUGAUGCUUAUGAACAAAAAUUUGAAAUUCUAUCCAAGGAUGUAAUGAUAUUUAAAGAAGAGAGAAAUCGUACACUAGAAAGCCUCACAGAAUUAAAUAAACGUCAAGUAAAUUCACGACAAGAAAUUUCUUCCCUAACAGAGCAAUGUAGAUCUCAAGAAAUGAAAAUGCAAAAAUUAAUUGCUGACAAUAAGAAGGAAUUAGAAAGUUUACAGAAAAAUCAUAAGAUCGAGAUAAGAGCAAUGAGAGAAAAGUUUGAACAAGAGAAUAAUGAUUUAAAAUUCGAGAUGGAAAAAUUAAAAUUAACUGAAUUUACGGAUAACACGAGAGCAAAUAAUAUAUCCUUAGAGAGAAAUGUUGAUUCUAAUGUGGAUUCUCAUCAACAAUCACGAUUAUUAGAAAUCCCUCUAAUAGAACGAGAAGAAUGCGAGGGAUCAGAAAGUAUCGAUUCUUGUCCCAUUGUCCUAACGAAUGGUGAAAGAUAUCGUAAACAUUCUCUAAUACCUCUCGAUGAACUUUUGAAUUCAUCGGAUGAUUAUAAUAAUCCCCCUGAAAUUCAACCUGCAUUACCGCAAAAAGUGAGCAGACAAGAAUUUGAAGUUUGCGAGCGAAGAGUUAAACAUUUAACAGUUCUUUUAGCAGAUGCUGAACGUGAUAUUGCCAAAUUGACACAACUUAAUGAAAUUUUAAAAGAAGAUAUUCGAAGACAACAACGAAGUGUUGAAAGAGAACAACACGCAAAUAAUUUUGAAUAUCUAAAAAAUGUCGUUUUUAAGUUUGUUACUCUAAAAAAUGGAGAUGAAAAAAAUCAUCUUAUUCCUGUACUUAAUACUAUUCUUAAAUUGAGUCCGGAGGAAACUCAAAAACUUUAUUCCGUCGCUGGUGGUAAGAGCUGGAUUCCGGGGCUUUUAUAAAAUAUAAUUAAAAAGAAAGAAAGACAUGUACAGUAAGAAAAAAUUAUUGUGAGAUUUAAUAUAUCACUUAUUUUUAUGAAAUAAAUUUUUUUCUAUAUACAAAAAAAAUUGCAAAUUUUUUCUCCUGUCUUUUUUUGGAAAGGAAAAACAAAAGAUUAUCGAAAUAAAUGAAUGUGUAACUUGUGAGAAGAGAAAAAUUGGUUUUGUUUAAAUAAAAAUCUUCGGACUUUGUUGAAUUAAUAAGAACGUAAUAGUAAUAAAAAAUGAUUAAAUUUCUUAAAGAUUAUAGAAAGCAGUUAAAAAUAUUUAAUUCUCCUCAAAGUUGUAAUGAGCGAAAUUUAAUUAGAAAUAAUUUUCACAUACAGAAACGUUAUUAUUUGCCAAAUUAUCGUCCAGUUGCCACAAAGCCUUUUAAUUGCGUAGGAAAGCAG